GCAGGGCUUGAGCUCUCGUCAUUAGCCAAUUCAAACAUCUACAAGUUCAUGCAGCUCACCUUUACAAUGUUUAGAGGCAAGAUGAGAUGGAAGCUUGGAGUUGAUCCCUUUUUCCUGUCUUUUUCCCUUCUCUUGCAGUUUGUCCUCGAAAGCCCAUCUGAUGUUAUGUCUUUGAAAUUCCACCCAUCGAAAACGGAGUACAUUAUUGGAGGUUGCUAUAACGGCCAAGUUAUACUGUGGGACACUGGCUCAGUCCAGGAGUACAUUUUCCGAAAGGAAGGCGAAGAUGACGAGAAGGAGUUGUCUGCAACGACAAUAAUACGCCACACAUUGAUCAGUGCGGUGGACAUCUCCCACAACAUGAUUGUCUCCGACAUUGUUUGGCUUCCAGAGAAGUAUGAGGGGCCAUGAUAAUCUUCUUUCUCUGUAUCAUUCCAAUUUGAACGG